UCCCCGGCGCCUGUCGCCGGUGCCCCCGUGGGCCUGGCCCCCGGGUACCGCCCCCAAUCGCGCCGCGCCGGCCGCCGGCCUCCCGGGCUCCGCUCCGCGCCGCCCCCGGCGCCAUGGCGUGCAGCCUCAAGGACGAGCUGCUGUGCUCCAUCUGCCUGAGCAUCUACCAGGACCCGGUGAGCCUGGGCUGCGAGCACUACUUCUGUCGCCGCUGCAUCACCGAGCACUGGGUGCGGCAGGAGGCUCAGGGCGCCCGCGACUGCCCGGAGUGCCGGCGCACGUUCGCCGAGCCCGCGCUCGCGCCCAGCCUCAAGCUGGCCAACAUCGUGGAGCGCUACAGCGCCUUCCCGCUGGACGCCAUCCUCAACGCGCGCCGAGCCGCGCGACCCUGCCAGGCUCACGACAAGGUCAAGCUCUUCUGCCUCACGGACCGCGCGCUGCUCUGCUUCUUCUGUGACGAGCCCGCGCUGCACGAGCAACACCAGGUCACUGGCAUCGACGAUGCCUUCGAGGAGUUGCAGGCCCUGUGUGUAUUUCAGAGAGAACUGAAGGAGCAGCUUCAGGCCCUUCAGGACAGCGAGCGGGAGCACACGGAUGCACUGCAGCUCCUCAAGCGACAGCUGGCAGAGACCAAGUCCUCUACCAAGAGCCUGCGGACCACCAUCGGGGAGGCCUUUGAGCGGCUGCACCGACUACUGCGAGAGCGGCAGAAGGCUAUGCUGGAAGAGCUGGAGUCCGAUACUGCCCGCACCCUAACCGACAUUGAGCAGAAGGUCCAGCGUUACAGCCAGCAACUUCGAAAGGUGCAAGAGGGGGCCCAGAUCCUACAGGAGCGGCUGGCCGAGACUGACCGGCACACUUUCCUUGCCGGAGUGUCCUCACUGUCAGAGCGGCUCAAGGGGAAGAUCCAUGAGACCAACCUAACGUACGAAGACUUCCCGACCUCCAAGUACACGGGUCCCCUGCAGUACACCAUCUGGAAAUCUCUUUUCCAGGACAUCCAUCCAGUGCCAGCUGCCCUGACCUUGGACCCAGGCACUGCCCACCAGCGCCUGAUCCUGUCCGAUGACUGCACCAUCGUGGCCUACGGGAACCUACACCCACAACCACUGCAGGACUCACCAAAGCGCUUUGACGUGGAGGUAUCAGUGCUGGGCUCUGAAGCCUUCAGUAGUGGUGUACACUACUGGGAGGUGGUGGUGGCAGAGAAGACCCAGUGGGUGAUCGGGCUGGCCCACGAGGCUGCCAGCCGCAAAGGCAGCAUCCAGAUCCAGCCGAGCCGAGGCUUCUACUGCAUCGUCAUGCACGACGGCAACCAGUAUAGCGCAUGCACAGAGCCCUGGACGAGGCUUAACGUCCGUGACAAGCUUGACAAGGUGGGUGUCUUCCUGGACUAUGACCAGGGCCUCCUCAUCUUCUACAACGCCGAUGACAUGUCCUGGCUCUACACCUUCCGAGAGAAGUUCCCUGGCAAGCUCUGCUCCUACUUCAGUCCCGGCCAGAGCCAUGCCAAUGGCAAGAAUGUCCAGCCACUGCGGAUCAACACCGUCCGCAUCUAGACUGGGCAGAGGGAGACCCGAGCCUCCCGGAGCUGUGACCACCAGCAAGAGCCUUGCCUGACAGAUGGAAGGCCUGGACUGCUCAGGCCCCUCUGUGGCCACUCUGAGUCCUCAGGCCAGUUGUUUAUGCCCCAGCCUCCUCUUCCCCUUCUGUGAGCUGGAGAUUGUGCUCCGUGGUGGAUGUCCUGUAGCUCUGAUCUUAAUGGGAUGUGACAUGGCUUCUCCCCAGGGCAGCCCUUGCCCAACCCCUUAUCCUCAUUCUCCCAGGGACAGGGAAUCUCCCUUUGUCUCCCUCCUCCUGCCCAGCUAACCUAGCAUCAUGACAGAUCAGAUGUGAUCAGGUGCUAGCAGCCCAAAAAGUAUACAGAAUCCUCUUAUGUUCAUGGCCUGAGAAUUGGCUCAUCCUUGACUGGGAGAGUUAUGGGCCAUUUUACUCUUGAUCCAAGUCCACAGGGAACCCAGGCAGAAGCUGGUUCUAGGAUUAUUUGAGGGUCACCCUCUCCUGCCACCCAUGCACUAAGUCGCUACCUUCUAGCCCAUGGAUUCUGGGGUGAGGUGAGGUAUAAGUACCCUAGAACCCAAUAUAGAACACUGUCAGGACAAAGCACCAAUGGAUGAUCCAAGUCCCCAACAGCCCCUGGGGACAGAGGUCCUGUCAAUCCUUAUCAGCCAGGCCUCUAACCUGCUACCUGGACAGAGAGGGUGUUGGCAGCACUUCCUUCCAUCAGAACCUGAACCCCAGGAGGGCUAUUAUUGGGUACCAACUUGGACUUGACAUCUGGCUCCCUUAGGAUCCUGAUACACAAACAAGAACCACUUUGGUUGACUUCAUCAGACAAGAAUUUGCAAUCAGUUCCCCAGUGGCUUGCAAGAUUACUGAAAGGGCUGGAGGAGGAGAGCCUUCGCUGAGUUUCCAGGAACAAUUCGCAGCAGCUAGAGGGAUUGUGUUUUGUGACCAAGAACGCUGCUUCCACUUGCAGCUGCCCCACAAGCUGCUGGCUGCCGCCAUCCAUGCCAGCAAGUGAUUGUCCAUGCCUGCCCCACCCCCUCUCAACUCAGGUCCCAGUUCUACAUCUUUCAGAGGGAUUCUUUUUGUGGAACCUUGAGUCCAAACCCAGACUUUGACUGCAAGGCAGUCUGGGAAAUGUAGUUUUUCUCUUCCAGCCUUAGCCACAAAGUUACCAUGGAGAUGGAACAGGCCCAUCCACAAUCUCCUUGCCAAUGAAUCCAACUGUGAAGAACUCAGGAGAAUCCAUGAAUCCACCUCAAGGCCUUGGCUUUGAAGCAGAACUGCUAAAAAUGUCCUGCUCCAUGGCUCUGUCCCUGCCUGUCCCUGCCGGUCCCUGCCCAGAAGCAACAACCUAAGGAGUGGGUAGCAUCAGAAAUAUAGACGAAAUGGCUCCCCAACCUCAGCCUUCCUUUGUGGGCCUGGGUCCUCAAUUCUGUACUUGGGAUUUGGUGAGCAUGCCCAUCUCCAGAGAACCAGAAUAGAUGAACUUGAGAGGCUCUCACUUGCAACUGCCAUGUGCUAGGCCUCCCUGGGCAAGAGGAAUCCUGAGCCCUACUUGCCCUCUCAACUCCCAGACACCAGGCCAUGCCUGGCAGUAUUUUUAUUUAAAACAUGGUCCCUUUUGUGCAUUCUGAUCAGUUUGUAUUAAAUUAAAGUUACAGGG